CUUUAAUCGAUACUCGCGCACCACCAUUUUUGUUUGGACAAUGGAGAAUUAUCACUAAAAAUACUUUUUAGGAAUAUAAGUAAUAGGAUUGAAUACAUCGCAGUAAAAAUGUUCAAUGGCAUGGUGAAAACCAUACGUGAUAGCAUUGUAGGCACCUACCCAUCCUGUCAUGUGAAUUCACGUCUGGAGGAGCGUCGGGCUAAGCAGAGGGCGAUGCGACAGGAACGAAGGCGGAAGCCAGACAAACCAGACGACUUCGUUACCUACGAGGAUUCUGGCAGCGACGAGGAGACUCCUCAACAGCAGGACGAGGUCCUCAACACCUCCUAUAAUUUGUGCGACUAUCUGCGAAGCAGGGAGAAUUCAUUACGCGAUCGUCGCAGCGUCAAUGCGGAAUACACCAGUCGCUAUGUGCUCACCCACGAUAUGUUGCGCGAAACGCAAAUCAGUUUAGGUUACAUCAACAAGGUAUUUUGCUCCAAAUGGCUGAGUAACCGUCAGGUGGUGUUCGGCACCAAGUGCAAUAAGCUGCUUGUCUAUGAUGUGAAUAUGCGUCGUGUGGAUGCCAUACCUACUCUUUCUAAUAGUCGUGCCAAUCAUCCAGAGAUCCAAGGCGGCUUGCAUGCAAUUGAACUGUCACCCAGUCGGUCAUUUUUAGCCACUGGUGCACGUAAUUCAUCUGAUAUCGCCGUGUACCGGUUGCCCACACUGGAUCCAGUUUGUGUAGGAGAAAGCGGGCAUCGAGACUUGAUUAUGGGAAUGUGCUGGUUGGAUGAUCAGUUUCUUGUCUCGGGCUCCAAAGACUCUCGCAUGGCUCUGUGGCGCAUCAACGAAGAUCAUAUGGACUUUCCUGACGGCGGAGAGGAAUCUUGCCCCACAUUUGCCACUAUACAUCCGCUGAGUGUUAAGGAAGUGCGCACCGCGCAGCGGAUACGAUCGUUGUGUUUCAACAAAGAGUUCAAAGAGAUCGCAGCGCUCUCCCUUAACGGUUAUAUACACAUCUUUAAUGCAGAGACCUUCAAGCAAACACUCUCACGCAAGCUCCCUAACUGCCAGGACAAUGUAAGUAUUGCGUAUCAUAGCGAUGGGCUCUACGCUGUCGGCUGUCGCUCCUACACGAUUCUGCUAGAUGCACGCACGCUACAGACGAUCAAAAAGAUCACAUCCCGUUACAGUGGUUGUGGCAUACGCGCCACAUCCUUUGAGGGUAAUCUUUUAACGGUGGGAACCGGGCUGGGCAUGUUACUUUUCUAUGACAUACGUGCUGGAAAGUAUUUAGAAAGCAGCGUUAAUGCUUCGCGCACCGUGGCGCUUAAGUGCAGCAAAGGCAUUGUGUAUCCGGAGGAUGAAAUGGACGGGUUCCAGCAGGUGAAAUAUGUGCCUGCCAUUUACACGCACUGCUAUGACAGCACUCGGAUGCGACUGUUUGCGGCUGGUGGGCCCCUUCCUGCUACACUGGUGGGCAACUAUGCGGGGGUUUGGCAAUAAUUCCACAGGGCUGUCACAACACUGAUUAGUACGAGUAUUUAGGCAAUAGUAUACUUUGUUUUUAGCCUUGUCGCCGUCGUGGCUGCGAUGUGCGAAAUGUGAUUUUUUAUUUCUCUGCUGAUUUUGACUUUUUGUUUAGUUAUAAAAAUUGUAUAAUCUU